GGAACGUUUCAGUUUUUAUAAAUUAUGGCAAUUCACAGGACCAGGUUUCCUAAUGUGCAUCGCAUAUGUGGAUCCAGGUAACAUCGAAUCGGAUCUUCAGGCCGGUGCACAAGGCGGCUAUCAAUUACUUUGGGUCCUAUUUUGGUCUACAAUCGUCGGAGGUAUGAUGCAAUGCCUAGCCGCCAGAGCUGGCGUGGUCACUGGCAAACAUCUGGCGCAAUUGUGCAGGGAAGAGUACCCACGAGUCCCUAGAUAUGCAUUGUGGAUCAUGACAGAAUUAGCCAUCAUUGGAAGUGAUAUCCAGGAGGUGAUAGGAUCGGCUAUUGCACUGGAACUGCUAUCCCACGGAUGGAUUCCUCUGUGGCUUGGAGUGCUCAUAACAGCGGCCGACACAUUCACUUUCCUAUUCCUAGACGGGUAUGGCAUCCGUCGCCUGGAGUUCUUCUUCUAUUUCUUGCUGUCCGUAAUGGUCGUGGCUUUCGGCACCGAAUACAUCAUCAGUGAACCCGAAACCGCCGAAGUUAUCAAGGGCAUUAUAUUCCCUACAAUGGACCACUCUCUCAUAUCACAAGCCGUAGGUAUGAUAGGGGCAGUGAUCAUGCCUCACAACCUCUUCCUGCACUCUGCGCUGGUUCAAUCACGCUCUGUCAACCAACGCAGCAAGAGCGCCGUUCGCCAGGCCAAUAUGUACUACGCCAUCGAGACGACAGGCGCUCUAUUGUGCUCGUUCCUGAUCAACCUGUUUGUCAUGGCUGUGUUUGCUAAAGGGUUCUACAAUGUGCCUGGGAUCAAAGCGGAUGACAUAGGCCUCCAUAAUGCGGGAGAGUAUCUAGGUAACCGCUACGGUCAGGUUGCUCUUUAUAUCUGGGCUUUCGGGCUAUUAGCAGCCGGCCAAAGCUCAACCAUGACAGGCACCUAUGCCGGCCAGUUUGUCAUGUCAGGAUUCCUCAAUCUAAAAAUAGAAAAGUGGAAGCGAGUGCUCAUCACUCGCACCAUAGCCAUCGUUCCAGCGAUCCUCGUCGCCACUUUCGCUAAAGCGAAUGUGGAUGGCCUUGAUGAGAUGUUGAAUGUGCUGCAGAGCAUCCAGUUACCGUUUGCGCUGCUGCCGCUGAUUCGGUUUACGUCUGAUGAGUUCAUUAUGGGCGAUUUCCAGAAUGGGAAGAAGCUACAGUUACUGGUCAAAACGUUAUCGGUGGUCAUCAUAUGCGUUAAUAUAUAUCUCGUUGUGGACAAAACGGCGGAUCUGUUACCACACACCUUUGUGAUGAUAGCGGGGAUGUCCUGCUUUGGCAUAGCCUAUCUCACCUUCUGCCUGUACGUGGCGUAUCCCGAGCUAUUCCACGCCAAUUUCUCGCAGUUGAUGGAGAGGGAUGGUACCUAUGUGAAACUUGUGAGUUGCGGCACAAUCUCUGAAGACGAUGAGGAUGAAGAGCCUCGCUCACAUGCCACGACGUUAUCUGAAGUGGUCGCAGAGGAUACGCCUCUACUGACAACUGAUGUAACGUCGACCUCGAGCAGUGAUGAUAAAAGGCACCACCAUGCUUCGUAGAUCAUCGUAAAAGGCACCACCAUGCUUCGUAGA